AUGCCCUUUAGAUCGCGUUCGCCUAUUCGAAGAUGGGGUGGCCCCCCGAAUCGCCGUACUCGGGAUUCAAGCCUUGAUGACCUCAAGCCUCCUAGGUGGGACAUCGCCUCCCUCCCUCGUUUCGAAAAGGUGUUCUACAAAGAACAUCCCACUGUUAUCAGCCGUUCCCAGGAAGAGAUUGAUAAAUUUAGGGCUGACAAUCGGAUGACUCUUCACGGUCGUGAUGUCCCAAGACCAAUCUUCAGCUUUGACGAAAUCGAUUUGCCUCCAUAUGUCACAAAUGCUUUUCAGCGUGCCGGAUGGGCUAACCCAACACCUAUACAAUCUCAGGGCUGGCCGAUGGUUCUCAGCGGACGCGAUGUAGUUGGUAUAGCUCAAACCGGUUCAGGCAAGACGGCUUGCUACCUGGUCCCUGCUUUGGUACACAUUCAGGCCCAGCCACGUCUUCUAAGAGAUGAUGGUCCAAUAUGCUUGGUCCUAGUACCCACAAGAGAGCUUGCGCAACAGGUCAUCCAGGUAGCAGAACAGUUCUGUGGGGCAGCAAGGCUUAGGACGGUUUGUCUAUAUGGUGGUGCUCCAAAAGGACCACAACAACGCGAUCUUCAAAGGGGCGCGGAAGUCUGCGUGGCCACUCCCGGUCGGCUUAUCGAUUUUUUGAAGACGAGAGCGACCAACUUACGUCGGUGCACUUACCUGGUUUUGGACGAAGCAGACCGCAUGUUGGAUAUGGGGUUUGAGCCUCAAAUACGCAAGAUCGUGGAACAAACACGCCCAGAUAGACAGACCGUCAUGUGGUCCGCCACAUGGCCUCGCGAAGUUCAAAGUCUCGCGCGGAGCUUCUUAAGAGAGUAUAUUCAAGUUAACAUAGGGUCCACGUCACUACAUGCCAAUCCAAACAUCACACAAGUUGUCGAAGUUGUCGAUGACUUUGAGAAAGAUCAACGUCUCAUAAAUCUUAUUAGAUCCUUCAAUGGUCUGAGAUGCCUGGUUUUCGUGGAAACUAAGAAAAAAACUGACCAGGUUGCAUUUACUCUCAAACGUAAUGGUUUCCGUGUCGCUGCUAUGCACGGGGAUAAGGUCCAAAGAGAGCGUGACGCGACUCUAGAUGCCUUCAAGAGAAAUCAUAUCACAGUGCUAGUUGCCACAGAUGUCGCCUCCCGUGGAUUAGACAUUGAUGACAUUGAAUAUGUUAUAAACUACGACUUUCCGAAUCAAACCGAAGACUACAUUCACCGCAUUGGUCGUACGGCAAGGAGCAACAAAAAAGGAACAGCGUUCACCUUUUUUACACGCAAAAAUUACAAACAGGCCGCUGGUCUCGUGGAAAUUUUGGAGGAGGCCAACCAACAAGUCAAUCCUGAGCUCUUACGUAUGGCUGGUGGGAGCAACCGAUUCAGCAGAGGCCGAAGUGAUCGCGGCUCCAGUCGCUUCGCACCCCGCAGUGGUCAUUCAGGACGACCCAGCAGUAGUUAUAUGACCCAUGAUUCACAGAGUGGGCAACAGCCAUACAGGGGCGAACACCACGCCUACCCGCUUCGCAGUGGAGGGUCGACUUAUAAUUCUAGCACCUCGAAACCAGGAAAUAGUUAUCAAGAUAGAACCGUUCCACAAACAUCCACUUUACAAGCCCCGUCCGCGAGUGUUGGAGAGAAGCGUAAUUUUUCCCAGUCCUCUCUCGGUAGUACUGGGUCAUACCAACCGCCGUCAAAAGUAAGCAAGACUAGCUGGGGCGACAGCUCAGCGCAAUCUGGCUAUACCCAGCCUACACCUACAGCUCCCCCGCCUCAAGCUAACGGCUGGAACAAUUCGUCGUGGGCGAAAACUAGUCAACCUCCUCCGCCACCACCGUCUUCAUCCACGAAUCAAGCGUCCAUUAAUAGUCAGUGGUCCGCCGGUCCUUAUCCCUCCAAUCCGGCCCCGUCACAGCCAUCACUCUCUUCUAAGGUGACACAUAACUAUAGCCAACUUCCUCCACCCCCUCAAUCGGCCGCUGCCGUAUCUGCCUAUCCUGCACCCCCACCGCCGUCAAAUCAGCAAACCAAGCCAGCUAAUUACGUCGCACAGCCGCCAUCAGGUUACGCACAAUUUGUGAGCCAGGUUCCUGGUGUUUAUCCCCAGGCUUCCCAAGCCUGGCCUCAAGGUGCGUGGCCACCUCAGCACCAAUACUCGGGCUAUUAA